AUGGUGCGCAGGUUGGAGUCAAAAGUGUCCAGUUUCGAUUUGUUGAGGUCCAGGUUCUGCUUGACCACGUUUAAACGGGAGUCGAGGUCGUUUAGGUUAUUAAAGACGUCGCUCGAGUAUAACUGGCCUAUUUCUUCUUCUUUUGCUCCCAAAACCCGCAGAUAUCCGUUCAAACUGUCCAGGUUUUCGUUGAGCUCUGUAUUCAAUUGGUCGAGCUCCGAGGCACGAUAUUCUAGUUCUUCCAGAAGCUUGCCAUUCUCGGCCUCCAUGGAGUCCAGACGUUUAUCGAGGUUUUCAGCGAGUAGUGAGGCCAGUUCAUCGAAUUUGGCAUGCAGUUGCCAACAAGCCGCGCGCUGCCGUCGUCUGGGCGUCCUGAGAUGCGAAUCGGCCGACCGAUGGCUGGGCGUGGAAGUCAAAGCCGUCAACAAGAAGGACGGCAAGUACAUGAUCGAUCUUGUUAGCGAAGACGGACAGAAAAAUGUGUCGAUCGAAACUGACAACUUGGAAGAAAACAACCCGCAACUCCCACUUUUGAGAAACCAGAUCGAAACCGUGGAGGAUCUGACAGAGCUGUCACAUCUGAACGAGCCUUCUGUUCUGAACGCGAUCAAGCUUAGAUACGCCCAAUUCAGUAUCUAUACGUACUCUGGAAUCGUGCUGAUUGCCAUCAAUCCUUUCCAACGUAACGAUGAGUUGUACUCUCCACAUAGAAUCCAACGGUACGCCUCGAAAACACGAGGUGAGGAAGAACCCCAUUUGUUUGCCAUCGCAGAGGAUGCUUACCGGUGCAUGAAAACAGAUAAGCAAAACCAAUCCAUCGUGGUUUCUGGAGAGUCUGGUGCCGGGAAAACCGUGUCUGCCAAAUACAUCAUGCGGUACUUCGCGUCCGUUGACUCAGAUAACAACAACCACGACAUGUCAGAUACAGAGAAACAGAUUUUGGCCACAAAUCCUAUCAUGGAGGCCUUUGGUAACGCCAAAACCACUAGAAAUGACAAUUCCUCCAGAUUCGGAAAGUAUCUUGAAAUUCUUUUCGACAACGACGUGGUCAUCAUCGGUGCCAGUAUCCGUACAUAUUUGCUGGAGCGGUCCCGUUUGGUUUUCCAACCAGCCACCGAGAGAAACUACCACAUCUUCUACCAAAUGGUCGAAGGUCUUGAUGAGGCCUCGAAAAAAGAGUUUGGUAUUUCCUCAGUCGAUGAUUUCUUCUACCUGAACCAAGGUAAGAUGCCAAAGAUUGCCGGUGUUGACGAUGCAAAGGAUUUCAAAGAGACGUGCGACUCUCUGUCCUUGGUUGGUAUCACUCAAGAGCAGUUACACGGAAUAUUUAGAAUUUUGUCCGCUCUGUUGCACAUUGGAAAUAUCCAAGUCACCAAGACCAGAAACGAUGCCAUUCUUUCCUCAGACGAGCCAAGCCUUGUCAAGGCGUGCGAGCUCCUUGGAAUCGAUCCAACGGGAUUCGCCAAGUGGAUCGUCAAGAAACAAAUUGUCACUAGAUCAGAGAAGAUUGUGUCAAGUUUGAAUCACCAACAGGCUAUUGUCGCAAGGGAUUCUGUGGCCAAGUAUAUCUACACUUCUCUUUUUGACUGGUUGGUUGACUAUGUGAAUUCCGAUCUGUGUCCACCUGAACUCCAAAGUAAGGUGAAGUCGUUCAUUGGUGUGCUGGAUAUCUACGGUUUUGAACAUUUUGACAAGAACUCGUUCGAACAAUUCUGUAUUAAUUAUGCCAACGAGAAGCUCCAGCAAGAAUUCACUCAGCACGUUUUCAAAUUAGAGCAAGAAGAAUACGUCAAGGAGGAAAUCGAGUGGUCUUUCAUCGAGUUUUCCGACAACCAACCAUGUAUCGACGUUAUCGAGAACAGAAUGGGUAUUCUUUCGUUGUUGGAUGAAGAAUCAAGAUUGCCAUCCGGAAAUGACAAUUCUUGGAUUGAGAAGAUGUAUCAAUCUUUGGCCAAGCCUCCUCACGACAAAUCCUUCAAGAAACCAAGAUUUGGUAACAACAAGUUCAUCGUCAGCCACUAUGCUUUGGACGUGACGUAUGAUUCUGAAGGAUUCAUCGAGAAGAAUAGAGAUACCGUUUCCGAAGGUCAAUUGGAGGUGUUGAAGGAGACCAAGAACGCGAUGCUUUCUGAGAUUCUUGCCACCGUUGACAAACAAGCUGAGAAAUUAGCUGCUGAGCAAGCAGCUGCAGCUGCGGCUAAGCCAGGAAAGAAGGUGGUCAGAAAGCCAACUCUUGGAUCGAUCUUCAAGUCGUCGUUGAUUGAGUUGAUGAACACCAUCAACUCGACCAAUGUUCACUACAUCAGAUGUAUUAAGCCAAACGAGGAGAAGAAAGCUUGGGAUUUCGAUCCACUGAUGGUGUUAUCUCAAUUGCGUGCUUGUGGUGUCUUGGAAACUAUAAAGAUCUCGUGUGCUGGAUUCCCUUCGAAGGCUGUUUAUUCCGACUUUGCCAGAUACUACUCGAUUCUUUUGCAUUCCAGCGACAAAGAGGCUUACUUGAAGGGCUCUGGAAGCGAGAAGGAAGCAGUUGAAUUAACGAGGAAGAUCCUCAAAACAACAAUCGAUGACGACCACAAAUACCAGAUCGGAAAGACUAAGAUUUUCUUCAAAGCAGGAAUACUUGCUCUUCUAGAGAAAUACAGAUCGAACAAGAUCAAGCAAUCUGCUGUGAUAGUCCAGAAACACCUCAAGGGACAUCACCAGCGGAAGCAGUACUCUCAAAUACAGACAUCGCUACGUCAAACGCAGACCCUUGCUAGAGGAUUCUUGGCUCGACAACGUAUCAGGCGUGAGAUUGAGAACAAUGCUUCUAUCAAGAUACAAUCUUUGGUCAGAGGUCAUGCUGUUCGCUCCAAGUAUUCAUCUGCAAAGAAGUCUCUUGCGUCUUUGCAAGCCAUCAUCAAGGGUAACCUCUAUAGAUCGCAUCUGAGGGAAUCUCAACUUUCUGGCGCGGCUACUUUGAUUCAAUCUGCCGCUAGAGGUUUGGCUGCAAGACGUAACUAUCAAAAGACCAUGUGGGCCGUUUUGUACGCACAGAGCUGUUUCCGUCGUCAAGUUGCACGGAAAGAGUAUCUCAAUAUGAAGGCUGAGGCCAAAUCGGUCAACAGAUUACAAGAGGUGCAAUACAGUUUGGAGAAUAAGGUCAUUGAAUUGACACAGUCUUUGACCUCCAAGAUUGAGGACAACUCCAAGCUAAUGACCCAGAUAGAGGCCUUGAGAUCGCAAGUUUCCGACCAUCAAAAGCAGCACCAGGAGUCCAAAUCCAGAGAAGUUGAACUAAAUCAAAAGUACGACUCCACUGUCUCCAAACACACCGAGCAUAUUGGUUCUUUGAACGAAGACUUGAACAAGUACAAACUUGAUUACGAGACUGCACGUCAGAAGGUUGACGAACUGACUCAGGAGCAAACCAAGUUGAAGCAAGAUCUCCAAGACAACAUUGAACAGUUGAAGACCGCCCAACAAGCUCUGGAAGACUCGAAGAAGGAGAACACCACUUUGAACGACUCUAUCACGCAAUUGAAGCAAGAGCUUGCUGAAUUGCAAAGCCAAGUUGCAACUGGUGGUGCUGGUUUGAGCAAAGCUCGUUCUAGAGGUGUUCCUGGCUCUCCUGGUUUGAACCAGAAGACCAAUGGCAACUACGACCCACGUCCUGCCUCGAUUGUCACUACUACUGUGAGUAGAGAGGAGCUCGAUCUAGAGGCUAUCAACAGCGAGCUUUGGUCGUUGCUUAGAAACUCUCAAGUUUUGCACAAGGAGAUUGUUGAUGGAUUACUGAGGGGACUGAGACUUCCAAACGCAGCAGUGGCGUCUGAGCUUACGAGAAAGGAGGUGCUGUUCCCUGCCCGUAUCAUUAUCAUCAUUUUGAGUGACAUGUGGCGUUUGGGACUGACUUCUGAGAGCGAGGCGUUCCUAGGAGAAGUUUUGGGAGUUAUUCAAAACAUUGUGAACGGGUUGAAGGACGACGAUGUGAUCAAGCACGGAGUGUUCUGGCUGACCAACACGCACGAGUUGUACUCGUUUGUUGCUUAUGCACAGUCCACUAUUCUGGCCAAUGACUCGAUCAGCAAGGACAUGAGCGAUUCCGAGUACGACGAGUACCUAAAGCUCGUUGCUGUUGUUCGGGAAGACUUUGAGUCGCUUUCGUACAACAUCUACAACAUGUGGAUGAGAAAGCUGCAGAAAGAUCUGGAGAAGAAGUGCAUUUCUGCUGUUGUUCUUGCGCAGGCUCUUCCAGGGUUUGUUGCUCCAGAGUCUUCGCCGUUUUUGAGCAAGAUGUUCCAGAACAACCAUAGCCAGCAGUACAAGAUGGACGACAUUUUGACGUUCUUCAACAACGUGUACUGGGCGAUGAAGGCGUAUUUUAUUGAGCCGCGUGUGAUGAACGAGGUGCUGAUUGAGCUUUUGAAGUUUGUGGAUGCUGUUUGUUUCAACGACCUGAUCAUGAGGCGGAACUUUUUGUCGUGGAAGCGUGGAUUGCAGCUGAACUACAACGUGACGCGGCUGGAGGAGUGGUGCAACGGCCACCAGAUUCCGGACGGGUCCAAGUAUCUUGCGCACCUGUUGCAAGUUUCGAAGCUGUUGCAGCUGCGGAAGAAUUCGCCUGAGGACAUCGACAUAAUCUUUGAGAUCUGCCACUCGUUGCGGCCCGUGCAGGUGCAGAAGCUGAUUGCGCAGUACUCUGUUGCGGACUACGAGGUUCCACUGGACCCGGCCGUGACGACGUAUCUUGCGGAGCGGGUGAAGAACGACACAGGCAACGGGGGCAACAAGGACUUCUUCGAGCCACUGAAUCCGGACGGACGGUUCAGCGAUCCGUUCAGAGACGUUGAGCUACGGCCAUUCCACCGGGUGGAGGCGUAUGUGCCUGCGUGGCUGAACAUUCCUGUGAUCAAGCGGAUCAUCGAGCUUGUCACGAAAAACGCCACCGCGCAGGAGACAGCCGCGGACGAUUGGCACGAUGAUCACCACGAGCAAGAUGAAGAUGACUGCGGCCAGACACAAUUUGAGCUUGAGGUUCUUUUUCCACAUGUCUUUUCUGACCUGGUUAGCGGACCGGUUGAACAGCUUAGCGUUGGUGCUCAGGUCGUUUGCGCGGGUGUCGAUAUCCUCCAAAACCUCUCCUCGUUGGUUGAUUGCCUCUAUGUUGUUUCUCAUGAUUCCCGCCGUUUCCUGCAGAGUGUUCUGGAGGUUGUGGAGGUUCUUAUUGGACGGCUGUUCGGACUGCUCCUUCUGGGCGUCGUCGUUGAACGGAUUCCGGUGCGAGGUGGAGCACCUUUAAUCUGUGAAAACAUGGGAAGCGUAUUUCUGCCGCACCUUCGAACGGGCUGGCACGUUGACCAGGCCAUUUUGUCCGAGGACGACCGUCUGGUGGUGAUCCGGUUUGGCCGCGACGCCGACCGCGACUGCAUGCUGAUGGACGAGCUGUUGUACGGGAUUUCUGCCAAGAUCAGCCAGUUUGCCGUUGUCUAUCUGUGCGACAUCGACCAGGUUCCCGACUUCAACGAGAUGUACGAGCUGUACGACCCGAUGACGGUGAUGUUCUUCUACCGCAACAAGCACAUGAUGUGCGACUUUGGCACAGGCAACAACAACAAGCUCAACUUCCCUGUUCGCGACAAACAGGAGCUUAUCGAUAUCAUAGAAACCAUCUACCGCGGUGCCGUCAAGGGCAAGGGACUUGUGGUAAGUCCGAAGGACUACAGCUACACUGGCCACGGCCGGAAUUAA